AUGGCCAACUCAUCAUUGCCGUCCGAUGAGGAAUCGUGCUUGUUCGCCACCCGACUGGUGACGGCCUCCAUACUCCCAGCUGUUCUCAAAUGUGCGGUGGAGCUUGAUCUGCUUGAGAUCAUAAAGAGGGAGGGCCCCGGCGGCUCGGCCUCUGCGGCUGAGCUUGCAGCCCAGAUCGCCUCCCGAAACCCGGACGCCACCCUUAUGCUGGAUAGGAUCCUCAGCCUCCUCACUGCUGCCGGUGUGCUCGAGUGUUGCCUUGCUGGAGAGGGGGCCCAGCGUCGGUACAUGCUGGCGCCCGUGUGCAAGUUGUUGACGAGGAACGAGGACGGGGCCUCGUUGGCUCCUCUGUUGCUCAUGAAUCAGGACCGCCCCUUUAUGGAGACCUGGUUCCAUUUGAAGGAUGCAAUUGUGGAAGGUGGAAUGCCGUUUGAAAGAGCCCAUGGCAUGAGCGCAUUCGAGUACACGAAAAAGGACAUAAGAUUUAACAAGCUAUUCAACGAAGCUAUGGGUCAACAAUCCACACUCUUCAUGAACAAACUCUUGGAGCUGUACAGAGGAUUUGAAGGCCUCAACUCCCUGGUCGAUGUAGGCGGUGGAAUUGGAGCUUCGCUUAGGAUGAUUGUAUCCAAAUACCCGUCAAUUAAGGGCAUCAAUUUCGACUUGUCCCAUGUUAUCCAUAAUGCUCCACCUCAUCCCAGAGUGGAGCACGUUAGUGGAGACAUGUUUGUGAGCGUGCCCAAAGGAGAUGCGGUUUUCAUGAAGUGGAUCUGUCACGACUGGAGCGACUCACAGUGCGUGAAGCUGCUGAGAAAUUGUUGUGAAGCAGUCCCUGCAGAGAAGGGGAAAGUGAUAAUUGUGGAUCUCAUUCUUCCGGAUAUGCCAAUAAAUACAGACUUAUAUUCUUACAUCGGCUUCACGGUUGACAUGUCGAUGAUGGCCUACAACCCAGGUGGAAAAGAGAGGACUGAGAAGGAAUUUCAAGCGUUGGCGAAACAAUCUGGAUUCAAAGAUUUUCGGAAAGUUUGUUCCACCUUUGGAACUUGGAUCAUGGAGCUAUACAAAUGA